AUGGCUUCUAUCGGCUAUGCUGUAAGAAAUGCAUCUCACGCUGGAUCCUGGUAUACGGAUAAUCCAAAGGAACUGCAUCGUGAAUUAACAGAAUGGCUUGGUGCAGCCGACUCACGUCAUACUGAAUCAGCUCGUGCUAUUAUUUCACCGCAUGCUGGCUACUCAUAUAGUGGUAGGGUUGCAGCUUUUGCCUACAAGCAAAUUGUUCCUGAAACUGUUAGCAUUAUAUUCAUAUUGGGGCCGUCACACGUGGUGUCAUUGGAUACUUGUGCAUUGUCGACCUGUUCGCAUUACUGUACACCUCUAGGUGAUCUUCAGAUCGAUCAGAGAACAAACAUGGAACUAAAAGAAACUGGAGCUUUUUCAUCGAUGGAUUUGCGUAGUGAAGAAGCAGAACAUAGCAUUGAAAUGCAAUUGCCUUACAUAGCAAAAAUUAUGGAAAAGAAGUCAAGAAAUAGUUACAGCAUUGUGCCAGUGUUGGUAGGGUCACUUUCACCAUCAAAACAAGCCAGUUAUGGCAAAAUAUUCAGCAAAUAUCUGUCAGAUCCAAAGAUAGUAUUUGUCAUCAGUUCCGAUUUCUGUCACUGGGGAAGUCGAUUUCGCUUCAUGCCACAUGAUAGUAGUACCGAUGUACCAAUAUAUGAACAGAUUGCUGCCAUGGACAAACAGGGAAUGGACGCAAUUUCUAAUCUUAAUCCAGCCGCAUUUGGAGAGUAUUUGAAAAGGACACAAAAUACAAUUUGUGGCAGAAACCCAAUAAGCGUUAUUCUAUAUGCAGUAGAAUAUUUUCGUCAAAUGAACAGUUAUCUAGCAGAAUUCGUAUUUCUCAAAUAUGCACAGUCUAAUCAGAGCCGUAGCCUGAACGAUUCAUCUGUUUCAUAUGCAGCUGGUGCCCUUUUCCUUAAUCCAAGAAAAUAA